UAUUGUCGUUAACAUGUAAUCCUAGGGUUUCCGCUUCAUCUGGUGGUUGUAAGAGAUAUCAGUUUGUCAAUGCUCCAGGCAAUUUUAUCGAUGAUGUAAUAUAGGGGAGACCAAAGUUUUCAUAUCCGAUGACUCGUCCGGGCAAAUUAACCUUCUCCCAUUUUCCCUGGUUGAUGUAUCCGUCGAUUGGGAUUUUUCUUUACUCUAGGGAUCAGUUGGAAAAGGCUGAGUUUGUACGUAUGUAUCUGGAGAACUGGAGAAUACCACAGCAGAGCAAAAUACUAGAAUGAACGAAAACCUUCUUUUGGAUUAUCUGGAUACUGGGGACGUAAUUGGAGUAACGUCGGAAAUAGUGAAAUCUACCGAGAGAAAUGUUGAUGUUGGGAGCACGAAUUCUUUAUCAUCAGUUACUGAACAGACGACAGUUACGAGCACUCAACAAAAAUUAUUAGAUGCCAUGAUACAGAGUACUGAAAUUAAUUCUCACGUUCCCGAGAUGAUUUCGCCAAAAGCUUCAAAUGUACCUGGUCAGAAAGUCAAUUAUGAAGGAAGCUGCGAGAUCUACAUUGGUAAAGCGUGCGCAGAAUUUGUAGGAAAUAAGACUGUUUAUAUUCCUUAUCCAAAGACUCAAACAAUGUUGGAAAAUAAACUUAUGCAGGCAUUUGGAGUUAUUAAUAUCUCAGAUGAUUUAUCAUCCAACUGUGCGAUUUAUGCUAAGCCGUCACUCUGCUAUUCAACAUUUCCAAUAUGUCGAGACGCUCCAGUGCGAUUAAAAACAAAGAACUCUAACUACAGUUUACAACUUUUUAAUUCUUUAAAUUCCGACGACCAAGCAGACACCGUUGAUGAAGAAAAUGAGGGUAGCGAUAAGUUGUCAGUUCCUCGAGGUAUUCUACGUAAAAGAAGACAUGCACAAUUAAGCCGUCGUUCACCGUGGAGUUCAGAAAAGAGUGCUAAAAUUAUCCGACAAAGAUACGGUGAGGCACAGUCACCAGGAAAAAUUUGGUUAAAUCGCAAACUUCGUCAAAUUUGUCGAGAAGACUGUGAAAUUUUGGAGAAUGAAUUAUGCAGAAAAGAAUAUGCUAUUGCAAAAAGACAUCCUUUAUUGAAACAGCUUCCACUUCCAGAAUGCUCUGAUUUACCAGUUGAAGGAAGCAAAGAAGCGGCUGAUUGCUUAUCUCUCGACGUUCCUACUACACAAAACGCCCAAGAAAAUGUUGAUUGUUAUUGGGGCAAUGGUGUGACUUAUAAUGGAACGGUUAAUUAUAGUAUAUCUAAUCGUCCUUGUCUUAAGUGGUUGGAUCACUAUAAUCUUCCAUUAUCGGACUAUCCAGAGUUGCGUGGAAGGCAUUCCUACUGUCGAAAUCCGGGUGGAAAGGAAGCGCAACCUUGGUGCUAUGUUGAUGCUAAUAAUAAAAUGCAAAAGGAACCUUGUGUUAUCAUGAAAUGUGUUGAUAAAAUUUGGAUCUAUGUGACUAUUAGUUUCGUACUUUCGGCUGGAUUUAUUUUCACUCUAGCAUGUUAUUGCUGUUGUUACAGAAAUAGAAAAGUAAGACGACAGCCUUCUAAUAAUUUAUUACCAUGUGGAAAAAUGAUAACUGGUGUCCAGUGUGAUAAAAAUAUUUAUGAUGGCAGAAGAAAUACUAGUCAGCCUAUUGAAAUGAGUUCACUUCUUGCCGGUGCCAGUGCUGGAGCUGUAUGUAAUGGCGCUACAACACCUGGAACUGGAACUCUUAGUAGUGUUGCUAGUAGUAGAGCUUCAGCAACUAGAGGAGUACCACAGUAUUCAUUAGAAAACGUCAUUUUUAUUCAAGAAUUAGGAGAAGGUGCAUUUGGCAAAGUUUAUAAAGGAGAAUUGCAGCCGGUACUUGGAGCUAAGAGUCAAGAAUCAACUUACGUAGCAGUGAAAACAUUAAAAGAAAACGCAACACCUAAAACUCAAAGUGAUUUCAAGAGAGAAGUUGAUCUUAUGACUGAUUUACGACACCCGAAUAUUAUCUGUUUGUUGGGAGUUAUUUUAAAGGGUGAACCAAUGUGUAUGCUUUUUGAAUAUAUGACUGAAGGAGAUCUUCAUGAGUUUCUUAUUAAUCAUUCACCGCGCUCUGAUGCUCCAAUAAAUAAUGAAACAGGCAAAAUCCUCGACCAACGAGAUUUUCUACAUAUUGCUUUACAAAUCGCAUCUGGAAUGGAAUAUUUAGCCAGCCACCAUUAUGUUCACCGUGAUCUUGCUGCGAGAAAUUGUUUAGUGGGAGAAAAUUUGACAGUAAAAAUAUCAGAUUUCGGUUUAUCACGUGAUAUCUAUAGCAGUGAUUAUUAUCGCGUUCAAUCCAAAAGUCUUUUACCUGUGCGGUGGAUGCCACCUGAGUCAAUUCUUUAUGGAAAAUUCACUACUGAAUCUGAUGUAUGGAGUUUUGGUGUUGUUUUAUGGGAGAUUUAUAGUUACGGCCUACAGCCAUAUUAUGGCUACAAUAAUCAAGAAGUCAUUGACAUGAUUCGUUCUCGACAAUUAUUGCCAUGUCCUGAAGACUGCUUAACAAUGAUUUACAGUCUGAUGAUUGAGUGUUGGCAUGAAAUAGCGAAUCGCAGGCCUCAAUUUUCUGAAAUACAUCAUCGACUGCACAAUUGGUACGUUAACCAGGCCUACCUGACGAGUCAGAAGAGCGGAAGUAAAACUGGUUCACCAGCUAUUUUUAUCAAUCAUGAUUCAUUGAAUCGUAAGGAUUCAACUUUUAAAAAUAGUCAAGAAACAAUGCUUGUAAGAAAAACAGACAGUCAGAAUAGUGUUAUAACUAAUGUCAAUUUAAGUGAUGAUAAAAUUUGUCACUCACCCAAAUUAACAGGGGCCAAAAGAGUUUUACCAGUUAGUCCACCUCAUCAAAUAAACAAAGGUUCUCCAGUUGCUAAAGCUACUCAAAAUGGAGCACAAAUGGUCGUAAGAUUAGCAGAUUCUAAUAAAGUUGGUACUGAAACUAGACUCUCUAAGUGAGUCGAUUAUCUAUUAAUAUUUUCUAUUGAUUUUUAUUGAUGUUAUUGUUUCAAACACUUGGCAUCGCUAAGUGAGUAUUUACGACUGAUGAUCGAUUAAUAAUUUGCAUUUUACAUUAUUUAUUAAGAUUUAGAGAAAAAAACAUCUACAUGUGUAGCAAUAAUUAACAAGGUACUAAAGUAUUAAACAAUUGACACUCGAGCUCAUAGCGAUGUCAAUCAUACACAAUUCCAUUUUUAGAUAAAUGGAAACAAUAAUAUAUGUGUUCUACAAGACAACAAGAUAUUCCUUGUAAUGUCCAAUGUAUAUCAUAUUUAUGACUUAUACUUAUUUCUAUAUCAAGAUAUAAGUGUUAACUGUUUAAAACUUUCUCAGUUAUUCAUUGAAUGUAUAGAAAAUGGGGGCAGUGUGAAGAAUUUAAGAAAAAGUAUUUUAAACGCAUAUAUCUUUUAAAGAUAUAGCAUUUUAUAUCACGAUGUACUUAAAGUUCAAUAUUUAGUAAGUAGUCUGCGGUACUUUUUUAUCAAGAUAAAUGUAAUGUUUUAUAAUUUUUUAUUUAAAAUAUAACAAGCAAAAAGAAUUUUUGCUAAGAAAAUAUAAAAUUUGAAUGAAUUAUAUGACGAAUCUAAGAAGUGAUAUUGUGUUUUCACCUGAUAUAUAUUUCUUCAAUAAUAUAAACCGAUUCAAGGAUUCGUCAUGGAAAAACAAUAAUAUAUAAAGCUAUCUUUUAUUUAUAUUAAAUAUACAUCUUCGUGAAGGAAAUUAUA